CCAAGUCUCGCGAGUUUUUCAAAGUCACGUGGGUAAUGGCUGGAGCUGGCGGAUAUUAGAAGGAGUCUGUAAAGAGGAGAAGCUGAAGCAGCACCAACAGUACUGAGGCAGCAGCAAUGGCUCAGGUCGCCAGUCACGGACGGCAGCUCCUGCAGCGCCUGCAUCAGCAGCGCGAGAUGGACUUCCUGUGUGACAUCACCAUCGUGGUGAAAGACGCGGAGUUCAGAGCGCACCGCAACAUUCUGGCAGCCUUCAGCGAUUAUUUCUGUGUCCAGGCUGAAAAGGGUGAAGAACUGACGACUCUGGACCCGGAGAAGGUCAGUCGGUACUCUCUGGAGAAGCUCCUGGAGUUUAUUUACACGGGACAGAUGAACCUCAGCAGCACCAGGCAGGCUGCUGUACGCCGAGCCGCUGUCUUCCUGGGAAUGUCUGAGGCCACAAAGUACCUGGAGAAAGUCCCCGGUGGGACUGAGUCGGGGGAAACCUCCCAGUCGGAUGUGGACAAAGAGGCGGAGGUUUCUCCUCCCAGCCCCAGCAGCCCCGCCUCUCCGCUCCCUCUGUCCAUUGCCUCUGUUGUCGGGGACGCCAAGGAUGACGGGCUGGACAACAAGAUCCACGAUUUCAACCCCAAUGAAGUAGAUUUGGAGGCAGAGGACAGGAGCGAUUACAAACCCUCAGCCCAGAGGAGUUUUGGGCGAGGGCUGGGCAGGAAGAGGGGCAGGAGGCCAAAGGGGUUCAGCGGCGAGCAGGUGGAGCAGAGCAGCUCUAGUGACGCGGCUCCCAAGGUCCCGAGCCACAGGGGCCGGGGGAGACCCAGAGGAAGCGGGAAAGGUGGAGGAAAGGGAGCCUCUAGAGCCGAUGAUUUAUCUGUGGGGGAUUCUGACACCAGCUUGAAGGACUUGGGAGAAAACCCUGCAGACUUUGGGGACACCUCUGCCGACUGGAGCCCCUCACAUGAGGACGAGCUCCCGCUUAAGAAACCACGACGGAGCAGCGGGAGAGGGAGAGGCCGGCCUAGGGGCAGAGGGAGAGGAGGACGGGGGCCUGGCAGGAGGAAGGCUGAAGAGGAAGACGAGGAGGAAGACAGCGGUGAGCUGGGAGCAGAUGAUGAGCAGGAGGGGGAGGCCGGGGAGCAGGAUCCCUUAGAGAUGGGCGAGAUGUCGCUGAGCUGCAGCGAGUGCAACAAGCUGUUUAAAGACGUGAGCAGCCUGCGCCGACACGAGAAGAUCCACAAGGGCCUGAAGCCGUUUGGCUGCAUCUUCUGCUCCAAGAGCUUCAGGCAGGCCACGCAGCUGAAGACACACCUGCGCAUCCACACAGGCGAGAAGCCUUUUACAUGCAGUGAUUGCGACAAGUGUUUCGCUCAGAAGUGUCAGCUGGUCGCUCACCGCAGGAUGCACCAUGGAGAGGAGAAGCCUUACACGUGCGAACGCUGCGGCUUCAAGUUCGCCACGUCGUCCAACUACAAGAUCCACAUCAGACUCCACAGCGGAGAGAAGCCGUACGUCUGCGACAUCUGUGGCCAGGCGUUCGCUCAGUCCAGCACCCUGACGUACCACAAGAGGCGCCACACCGGGGAGAAACCGUACCAGUGCGACCUGUGCGGCAUGUCCUUCUCCGUGUCCUCGUCUCUGAUCGCCCACGCCAGGAAGCACACAGGCGAGACUCCGUAUAAAUGCCAUCAAACUAACUGUGAUGCCAAAUUUGCGACGUCUUCUGAGCUGAAGAAGCAUUUGAGGAGACUUCACCCAGAUGGAAACUCUGGUGUUCAGUGCCUGCUGUGUGGAAACCGCUUCGCCAGCGUGAAGAACAUGAUCAAACAUCAGGAGAAGGCUCAUGCUGAUGAAGUUCGACAGCACAAGGAGAGGGCGAGAGCAGUCGUCCUUCUUGCCUCCAGCCACCCGGUGGCGUUUGUUCAGAGCAAGCUUUCUCAGGAGAACAAGAGUCUGAUCUCCAUCCCAGAAGUAGAGCCGAACAACCCGGAACCUUCCACUCCGAACCCUAAAGCCCCAGAAUCAUCCACCACUUCCACUCAAGCCCCACCUAUAGAACCCGCCGCCAUCGACCAGAACUUCAAGACGGAGGCGGUCCACCACCCUCUGAGCGCUGCCGAGCAGGUGACCUUUGAGGCCGACCAGGAGCAGACCAUCAACUCGGACACCCUCCACGCUCUGGUGGAGCAGCUGCGCCCGACCGCCUCUCCUGCCGCUGGCCUGGAGCAGAUCAUCAUCAUUAAAACGGUGGACCCGGCUGAGGCCACGCCCCCUCAGCAGUGAGCCUUUAGACUGAAACCUGACUUCACCUUCAGAUCGAUCGGUGCCGAUCCGACACACUCUGACUCUGCUGUGACUGACGGGUCCGCUGGAACCCAGUCCUUUCACCAGCAGCCCCAGGAGCAGAGUUCGCCCCGAGUCCCUUCAUCCCGUUCAAACAAGAUUCUCAUUUAUUUACACUUUUAUUUAAUUUUCUUUUUUUACUAUUUUUGUUUUAAAAAUCAAAAGCAGCUUAGAAUUACUGGGUUAUUUAACUUAUUUUUUAGAUGAUUUAGAUGUUUCAUUUGCAGAAUAAAACAGUCUGUCCUGUAAUGACUUUAGAUUUUCAUGUAAAGUUUAUUUUUGCUUUGCAUAAAAAAAAAAACUGAAUCAAAACAAAAAGAUUAUAAACAUUAAAUAUCCUAGCAUCAUUAUGUGAAUUAGGAGUCUGUUUCCUGGACUAAAUAUUGACUAAACUAGUUGGAUGUAGUCAGAUUUUAACGAAUUUAUCUCAUGUGGGACUGAAACAUAGAAAUACUUUUUUUCUUUUUAAAGGUGAGGUUAUUUUUGAAUAUUUAAGGUAAAUUCUGUACGUUUCAGAGGAAACAGACAGGAUUUCAUGGCCCAGAACUAGUUUGGGAAGAAUCAGCCUAAAUGGAGGGAUUCCGGUUAGCGUGCAGAUUAAAACGCGCUGCAGAGGUCCAGAUCUUAACGUCAAGAGGAUGCAGCGAAUCAGAGUGAGAGACCAAAGUUUUACAUCAAACUCUUCUCCUUUUAAAGUCUUAAUUGUUGCAUCUUCAGGCUUCUUAGAAACAGUUGUCGCACAUCAAGGCUAGAUUUCAAUUUUCUUUUCGGCUUCGGUUUAAAGCUUCAGCAUGUUCAUUUAUUUCCCUGACUGAAAAGGAGAAAUUCACACAAUUUUUUACUUUAAAACACCUUCGGAAUAUUCACUUCUUUUAUAUAUGAGACAACCAGAAGAGAGAAAAUACUACAAUGUGUAUCUGUUCAACUAUCUAUAAACGGCCUUAGUGAAAUCCUGUAAGCAUUUUUGUUUUUCUUCAUUAAUCAUAAAACGAGCUCAUUCUUCAUCCUCCUACACCAGGCUGGGGUUGGUUUACUUUAUGCUUUAUUUUAGGGGAAUAAUCCGUGCAGAGAAAUGUUUUAAAUCUCUUUAAUUUUUUCUAUAGUGUAGUGAGUAUGAGGUCAGCUAAGUGUUUUGUUUUUUAUUUAUUGUAUCCACGUCUGAUUUUGGCUGCAUAGGAUGGUCUGUGAGAUGUAGUGUUUUUGUUUCAGUUUAAAACUGCUGCCCACCAAGCAUCUCUGAUAAUCCUCCUGGUCGUGCUUUCAUUCAUGUGUAUUUUUGCUAAAUAUCUGCAUUAAUUGUACAGUUGUGAGAAAUAACUACACAAGUUAGGCAUUGUAUAAAAAAAAUAAAAAGCAAUGUGAAAUAAAGCUAGAAUGCUGGUGUGUUGGUUUA